AGAACUCUCCAUCCAGCUUGGUGAUUGAACAUCUGUCUCCCUUACUGCGGGUGGCCAGCCACAGUGCCCCGGAGGGAUCUGCACAAUGCUCCAGCACACUAGCCUGGUGUUACUCCUCGCCUCUAUUUGGACCACUAGGCACCCAGUCCAAGGUGCCGACCUCGUGCAAGACCUUUCCAUUUCUACAUGCAGAAUCAUGGGCGUUGCCCUUGUGGGCAGAAACAAAAACCCACAGAUGAAUUUCACAGAAGCCAACGAGGCCUGUAAGAUGCUGGGACUGACUCUGGCCAGCAGGGACCAGGUAGAGUCAGCGCAGAAAUCUGGCUUUGAGACUUGCAGCUAUGGAUGGGUUGGAGAACAGUUCUCUGUCAUCCCUCGGAUUUUCUCAAACCCCAGGUGUGGGAAGAAUGGCAAAGGUGUCCUGAUUUGGAAUGCUCCCUCCAGCCAAAAGUUCAAAGCCUAUUGCCACAACUCAUCCGACACCUGGGUUAACUCCUGCAUUCCAGAAAUCGUUACCACAUUUUACCCCGUGUUGGACACUCAAACACCCGCAACAGAGUUUUCUGUCAGCAGCAGCGCCUACUUGGCUUCAUCCCCUGACUCCACAACACCUGUUUCUGCCACCACCCGGGCUCCACCUUUGACCUCCAUGGCACGGAAGACAAAAAAGAUUUGUAUCACGGAAGUUUAUACAGAACCUAUCACCAUGGCUACAGAAACAGAAGCAUUUGUUGCAAGUGGAGCAGCAUUCAAGAACGAAGCAGCUGGGUUUGGAGGUGUCCCCACCGCCCUGCUGGUGCUGGCUCUCCUCUUCUUUGGUGCUGCCGCUGUGCUGGCUGUUUGCUACGUGAAAAGGUAUGUGAAGGCCUUCCCUUUCACAACCAAGAAUCAACAGAAGGAAAUGAUCGAAACCAAGGUUGUAAAGGAAGAGAAGGCUGAUGACGUCAACGCUAAUGAAGAAUCAAAGAAAACCAUUAAAAACCCAGAGGAGGCCAAGAGUCCACCCAAAACUACGGUGCGAUGCUUAGAAGCUGAAGUUUAGAUGCAAGAGAGUGGAGAAGGUGCACACGAGGCAAGUUUCAUGCCCCGGGAACCAAAGAAGCAAGCCACUGUCAGUUCCUGCAGAAAAAGACUGCAGAGUUCACCAGAAGGAGCCCUCUCCUUACUGCAGUCUUCUCUGGACUCUACCCUCUGGCCUCCAACCUUCCCACAGCCUCCCUAACCCUUCUGUGGCUCACAGCAGACCAGAGAGUAGAGGGAGCUUUCAAAGUACCAGGUCCUAAAACAGCUCCUAAGCUCACACUCAGAGACAGGCUUCCAGGUUGCCUGACCCCCAUGAAAGGCCAGAGUCCCUGAGACAUGGCCAGCCCCAUAGUUCAAAAUCUUCCCACAGGGAAAUACACCACCUGGCCGUGCUCUUUGGAACCAGGCACAUGUAAAAUAAGGAAAGGAAAACAACAGAAGGUCAUGGAGAGCCUGGGUGACUUGAGACUUAAUCUCUGGAAAGCCAAAAUAAACAGAGCAUGAGAUGGGAGCUGGGGCCACAGAUAGCAGCCUUGUUGGCUGAGACUGUAAAUACAGGCUGGGGCUGAGAAGCCUCUCGGUUAAUUGAUCUGCAGCACGUAGACAGACUUUCUUUUCUUUUUACUGUUGCUGGUGUUCUCUAGAGACAAAUACACGUUUAUAAGAAACCUAAAAGCAGGAGAGCCCAGGAGCUGACUCAGUGGUAAAGCACUUGCCCGGCAUGUACAAACAAGGCUUCCAGUCCAAUCCCCAGAAUCCACUGACCCCACACACACAAAGAAACAAACACAAGUAUGCAUUUCCAUUUUUUACUUGAAUUACAGGACCCAUGGCUGAGAAAAUAACUAUGUUAAAAGGUUAAAAAAAAGGAGAAAAGUACAAAAAAGAAAAAAAAAUUGUCAGAUAAUCUACUACAAACAGAACACUUGAGAAACCGAAAUGCUUGGCACCGACAGUGUUAAAGAGUGCAGGUUAUGUUUGAAGUCUGGGAUGCUUUCACAAACAUAAUGAUAUAUUAGAGGGACUCAGUCUAAAUAUGAAGUUUACUUAUGUUUCAUGCACACCUUAGACACUUAGCCUGGCGGUAAUUUCAGACGAAAAUUUAAAAAUAAUUUUCCACAUGAGAUAAAGUCUCACAGUGUGACAUUUGCCCCUGGGGACAGCAUGCUGACAAGCAGUUUCAGGCUUGGUAAAAGUUUAGUUUUCAGAUUUUUGGGUUAAAGCUAUGAGGAGCUAUGUACGGCAUGACAUUCCAUAACUGAUAUUACUCAACACAUUCUCAUGUAUAGCGGAGUGUGGGCUGAAGCUAAUAUUUUUUUCCAGCUUUUAUAUCCUUAGCUUUUCUACUUCCAAACUAAUUUUUUUGUUGCUGAGAAUAAUCCAUUCAUUUUCUCUAAUACAGCAACUACUUCAACCUUUAAUUUAUUAUUAAUGUAUUUGAAAGUGUAUUAUUACCUCUAUGUACCAACAUAUACACUUUGUGUGCCUUUAACAAAUACAUUAUUAGCUCUCAUUCUUUUCCAGCAAGAAGAACCUGAGAGGAGAAAAAAAAAUAUUUGUGCCCCAAACAAAUAAAGCAUUUAG